CGGACUCACGCGGGCCUCGGCGCCUGAGGCGAUCCCUGGGCGUCCUGUCUGUUUUUCCUCAGUCUUUGCGUCUCCAUCUCUGUGUUUUUGUGUGUUUGUGUGUGUGCCCAUCGUCCACCUCUGUGCUGUCCGCCCCCCGGCGCCAUGGGCAUCCUGGAGAAGAUCGCGGAGAUCGAGAAGGAGAUCGCCCGGACCCAGAAGAACAAGGCUACCGAGUACCACCUUGGCUUGCUGAAGGCGAAACUUGCCAAGUACCGAGCUCAGCUUCUGGAACCCUCCAAAUCUGCCUCGGCCAAAGGAGAAGGCUUCGAUGUGAUGAAAUCCGGAGAUGCCCGAGUGGCACUGAUUGGUUUUCCUUCUGUGGGGAAGUCCACGUUCCUGAGCUUGAUGACCUCCACUGCCAGCGAAGCGGCAUCCUAUGAAUUCACCACGCUGACAUGUAUCCCGGGGGUCAUUGAGUACAAAGGAGCCAACAUCCAACUGUUAGAUCUUCCUGGAAUCAUUGAAGGUGCCGCUCAAGGGAAAGGCAGGGGCCGGCAAGUGAUCGCCGUUGCUCGGACCGCCGACGUCGUCAUCAUGAUGCUCGAUGCCACCAAGGGGGAGGUUCAGAGGUCUCUGUUGGAAAAGGAAUUAGAAUCAGUAGGAAUCCGACUAAAUAAAUACAAACCUAACAUCUACUUCAAGCCAAAGAAAGGGGGUGGAAUCUCCUUUAACUCCACAGUCACACUGACCCAGUGCUCUGAAAAACUCGUGCAGCUCAUCCUUCAUGAGUACAAAAUCUUCAAUGCAGAAGUCCUCUUCAGAGAAGACUGUUCCCCAGAUGAGUUUAUUGACGUGAUUGUCGGAAAUAGAGUGUACAUGCCCUGCCUUUAUGUUUAUAACAAAAUCGACCAGAUCUCAAUGGAGGAAGUUGAUCGUCUGGCACGAAGGCCAAACAGUGUUGUGAUCAGCUGUGGGAUGAAGCUGAAUCUCGAUUUCUUGCUGGAGAUGCUGUGGGAGUAUCUGGCCUUGACAUGUAUCUACACCAAAAAGAGAGGACAGAGACCAGACUUUACAGAUGCCAUUAUUCUCCGAAAAGGGGCAUCCGUAGAACAUGUGUGCCACCGGAUUCACCGAACACUAGCCAGCCAGUUCAAAUAUGCUUUGGUGUGGGGCACAAGCACGAAAUACAGCCCUCAGAGAGUUGGACUGACCCACAUGAUGGAGCAUGAGGAUGUCAUCCAGAUAGUCAAGAAAUAACCUUUUUCCACCGCUCAUCAUUGGUGCCUGACCCCGACCUAGUCUUUCGAGUGAAAACCGGCUGAUUGUGAUCCUUGGGGAAAAAAAAAAAAAAAAGGAAGAGGAACCUGGUGAGCUCCAAAGCCAAAGAUGCUUCCAUGAAGCUUGGUCAGUAGGACAGGAGAAGACUAUAAAUAAAUAGCAUUUGGGGGAAGAGAGGGGAAUAAUGCCAAGAAUUUUGCCUAUUAGAUUGUUUUGACCUUGUUCGCCUGAGGGUAAUUCUGAACUCAAAAACCUGGAACUGGAGGGUGUCCUGACAACCCAAAAUGGGAGCUGGCCACCUGUCUUCCCUACUUCGAUAUCUCUCACACCUCCAGCCUCCCUCUUACUGGCCCAAUUCAGGCUGUUCAACCAAAUAGCCACCUUGGUCUGUAGGCUAAAGCGUUUUCCUCCUCGGACCCUCAGUGUUUGUAUUGGAGCCUGCGUGUUUUCCCUCGGUUAGGGAUAGAUCAUCCCUUGUUCCUCUGUUUUCCACGCCCGAUGGACUUGAAGACGAUGAGGUGCACGGCUGGUCAGGGUAGGGUUUUUUUUUUUUUAAAUCCCCCUUUCCUGAUCCUCUUCCUGAGCCCUGAAUCUGCUAGGUCCCAACAUUGGAUAUUUGAGACGGCUGGGCUAUCACCUGUCGGGCAUCUUGUCACCCUCUCGACCCUCUUGAUCUGUCGUGAGUUUCCUAAGGAUGCUAAAAGAGUUCGUGCCUCCCAUUGCUUCUGUCUGCCUGACGAAGCAGGGUUGUGGUAAGCGGGAAGGAUGACCGGAUGCUCAUUGGAAACCGAGUCACAGAUAAAUCUACUUCUUCCAAAAGAAGCGCAGAAAACACCAGAAUGAGAAGUUCUCCAAGGCUUCCCUGAUUCAAGACCCCUUCGUUCCUCCUACAGGUGGUCUCCAGUCUCCCCGACCUCCAAGAGAAAGUUUUGGGGUGAAGCUUCCCACUUCAGACUUUGAGUUUCUAAAUAUAUUGUCUGAGAGAUUCUGCCUCCUGAAUGGCUUUCAUCCCCCUCACUCCAAGCCUGCGGCUACUUUCACAGCCCAGGAAGUUCUUAACAUUGAAUGGUGGCUUUCUAAUCGCUCCGAUUGCACAUGUCCUGAGGGGCUUCUCCCCAGUGCUCUUGUUUUGCUCUCUCCCCUCUGGUCUCCUUUUUUGAUUUAGAGAUUAAAAUGGAAGAACUGAAAAUAAAAAAAGGUAUCUCAUACGC